AUUUACAACAGCACCUUUGCGAAGCAAAGAGGCUAGAGUCAUCAUGCCCAGUGACGACGACUUCUACGUGCGCUACUACGUCGGCCACCGCGGUAAAUUCGGUCAUGAAUUCAUGGAGUUCGAGUUCCGCUCCAACGGGAAACUCCGCUACGCCAACAACUCCAACUACAAGAAGGACUCCAUGAUCCGCAAAGAAGUGACGGUCUCCCAGUCAGUGAUCGACGAGGUGAAGCGGAUCAUUAGCGAUAGUGAAAUCACAAAAGAAGACGAUAAGGAGUGGCCCGAGCCGGACCGCGUUGGACGGCAGGAACUGGAGGUGGUACUGGGCAACGAUCAUAUUUCCUUUACGGUGCGUUGCAGUUUGCUUUGGUGUUAGUUUGAUGCUUGUGUUUGUAAAGCGGUUGACAAUAGUAAUAUGUUUGGUUUUCUUUGCAGUGCGCGAAGAUCGGCUCUUUGCUGGACGUGCAGGACAGCAAGGACCCGGAAGGCCUGCGUGUGCUUUACUACUUGGUGCAGGACCUCAAGUGCCUAGUGUUCUCUUUGAUCACGCUACACUUCAAGAUCAAACCCAUUCCGUAGGACGACGAAGAGUGGAUCAAGCCAGCGGAUGCAAACGGUCGGUAGCCAGCUCGACGCUAAUAUGAAGACCAAUACUUUGUUUUUGCUCUUUUUCCUACAUUGUGGUCUUAAGGCUGUACUUAGGUAUGUUCUGUCACGUUGACGUGCAAAACAUUUUUAACGUUUCAGUAUUACGGCAACUAUGCCACGAUCCAAAUCCCGUCAAAUCGGAU